AAGAACUGCGGAAAGGCAAGCUGAUCAGUUCAGUGCUAGUUCAUUGAAAAGACUCAAUCGUGCAUUGGUGAAAAUAUAAUAGAAAUCAUGUCGACAGCCGAACCAGAAAUGAUAACUGCGACGGCUGCCGCAGCUGCAGCCGCUGGAUUCUCAGCAACUACUGUUUUCCUCUCACUCUUGAUUCCUGCCCUGAUUCUGUAUUACAUUUACUUCAGAAUUUCACACCGUCAUAUGAUUGAAUUGGCGGAAAAGCUACCGGGUCCCGAUGGCUUACCCUUAAUUGGAAACGCGCUAAUGUUCACAGGAAGUGCCGACUCCGUCUUUCGUACGAUAUACAGGAAAUCCUUCGAAUACGAUCAGGUGAUCAGAUUGUGGCUCGGCCCGAAGCUGAUGGUCUUUCUGAUGGACCCUCGCGACGUCGAAAUCAUCUUGUCCAGCCAGGUCUACAUCGACAAAUCUGCUGAAUAUCGAUACUUCGAGCCCUGGCUCGGAAACGGCCUCCUUAUCUCCACCGGUCCAAAAUGGCGUGCUCAUCGCAAACUGAUCGCGCCGACAUUCCACUUGAACGUGCUGAAGACCUUCAUCGACCUUUUCAAUGCCAAUUCGCGCGCCGUCGUGGAAAAAUUACGUAAGGAGGGCAACAAUGAAUUCGAUAUCCACGACUACAUGUCCGAGUGCACCGUCGAGAUUCUUCUCGAGACCGCUAUGGGAGUCUCCAAGUCCACGCAAGAUCAAAGUGGUUUCGAAUACGCUAUGGCUGUUAUGAAAAUGUCUUACAUUCUGCAUUUGCGUCACAUGAAAGUCUGGCUCAGACCCGACUGGCUAUUCAAUCUCACGAAAUACGGAAAGGAUCAAAUUCAUUUAUUGGAAAUUAUUCAUGGACUGACAAAGAAGGUCAUCGCGCGUAAGAAGCAAGAAUACAAAAGUGGCAAGCGCAACAUCAUCGAUGUCUCUGCACAAAACGGCACUGCAAAUGGCACCGCAAAUGGCACCGCAAAAACCAAGGACGCUACUGUGGAAGGACUUUCUUUCGGACAGUCGGCCGGUUUAAAGGACGAUCUUGAUACAGAGGAAAAUGACAUCGGCGAGAAGAAGAGACAAGCUUUCCUCGAUCUGCUGAUGGAAGCCGGUCAGAAUGGUUCAGUUCUCACGGAUACCGAGGUCAAGGAACAAGUCGACACUAUUAUGUUUGAAGGACACGACACGACCGCGGCUGCAUCCAGCUUCUUUUUGUCAGUGAUGGGUUGCCACCCAGAUAUUCAAGAAAAAGUGAUCCAGGAACUUGACGAAAUCUUCGGCGAUAGCGACAGACCAGUCACGUUCCAGGACACGACGGAAAUGAAAUAUCUGGAAAGAUGCCUCAUGGAGACUCUUCGCAUGUAUCCACCUGUGCCACUCAUCGCCCGCACAAUCAAAACCGAUUUGAAACUUGCGUCGGGAGACUACACAGUCCCAGCCGGAUGCACAGUCGUGGUGACGACCUUCAAGAUGCAUCGACAGCCGCACCUCUAUCCGAACCCGGAAGUUUUCAAUCCCGACAACUUCCUGCCCGAAAAGACCGCCAAUCGGCAUUACUACGCGUUUGUGCCGUUCUCAGCCGGGCCGCGUUCUUGCGUGGGUCGCAAAUACGCUAUGCUGAAGCUGAAGAUCAUCUUGGCCACGGUCAUGAGGAACUUCCGCGUCAAGUCGGACAUUAAAGAAUCCGACUUCCGACUCCAGGCCGAUAUCAUCCUCAAGCGAGCCGAGGGCUUCAAAAUCAGAUUGGAACCGAGAAAAUCGGCGACGGUCGCCACCGCUUAAACAGCAGUCCUCAAGUUCCGCUUGCGUAGGGUAACAGGGUGGUAGAGAGUAGUGUAUAAUUGAGAAGAAGCGGACUUUGCGAUUUUUAUUUUUAUUUUUUUUUUGUUUUGUUUUUUUAUAGAACUUCAAUCCGAGCGAAGGGAGUUUCAAAAGAGAAUGCAUCUCGCAUGCAUAGAUUGUGCGCGCAGAUCGCAUAUGCAUGUUUGCGACGCACAUGCAUAUAGUGUAUAUUACUGAGGUCGUUAAUUCGUUGUAUGACAUUUAAUGCUUUUGAGUUGAUAUUUAUCUCUUGCAAUAAAAUGCGAUAUACGCGCUGCGAAUUCUGAAA